GCCAAAAAGAAGUUGAUCAACUCAGCGGACAGCUGUGUGGACGAGGCCCUCUGCGGCCUCGUGAGGGCCAGCGGGGGCCUGUCUCUGCUGAAGGGCCACAGGGUUGUGCUCCGCUCCGACCUGGACAACCUGAGGGGCAAAGUGGCUCUGCUGUCUGGAGGGGGGUCGGGACACGAGCCGGCACACGGGGGUUAUGUUGGUGCAGGGAUGCUGUCAGCAGCUGUGGCAGGUGGGGUGUUUGCGUCUCCGCCUCCUGCCAGCAUCCUGGCUGCCAUUCUGUCUUUGCACAAUGCAGGAGCCUCUGGAGUUCUCCUCAUUGUGAAGAACUACACCGGCGACCGCCUCAACUUCGGACUGGCUGCGGAGCAGGCCCGUAACCACGGCGUCGCUGUUGACAUGGUGAUUGUGGCCGAGGACUGCGCCUUCGACCAGCCCAGUAAGGCCGGGAGGAGAGGCUUGUGUGGCACCAUCUUCAUACACAAGCUGGCAGGUGCCUUAGCAGAGGAAGGCUGCUCAUUGGACCAGAUCGUUUCCAAAGUGACAGAUCUCUUGAAGGGGAUUGGCACGCUGGGGGUGAGUCUGUCUCCGUGCAGUGUCCCAGGCUGCCUGCCUUCUUUCGAGCUACCGCCGGGAGACAUGGAGCUGGGACUGGGAAUCCACGGUGAAGCUGGAAUUAAAAGGUCAAAGGUUGCAUCUGCAGACGAGGUGGUGAAGACCAUGAUAGAUCACAUGACCAACCCUGACAGCCAAUCACAUCUGCCUCUUAAGUCAGGAGACAGUGUGGUUGUGUGUGUGAACAACCUCGGAGCUCUGUCUUGUCUGGAGUUGGCCGUGGUUACUAGAGCGGCCAUCAUCUGUCUUGAGAGUCGCGGUGUGGCGGUUGCCAGGGUGAUGUCCGGGUCGUUCAUGACAUCCCUGGAGAUGGCGGGAGUGUCGCUGACCCUGAUGAGGGCCAACCAGGAAACACUGAGACUGUUUGAUGCUAAGACCAGCGCCCCCGCCUGGCCAAACCUCAGCAGUCAGUGUGUAAGCGGACGCAGCUUAAUCAAAGACCCUGAAGCCGUGAGCAUAAGGCCCCAGGACGACACGCACUCUGAAGGGCCACUGAGUCCUGUGAUGCGUAAAGCGUUGGAGAAGGUUUGUUCCACGCUGUUGGAAAAGCAGGAAGAACUCAACUCCCUGGACCGUGCAGGAGGGGACGGAGACUGUGGGAACACUCAUGCACAGGCCGCUAGAGCCAUCCAGGAGUGGCUCCAGGAUCAUGUGGUCCCUGGUUGCCCCGGGCGACUGUUAUCCGUCCUCGCUGGAUUGGUGCAGGAGAAGAUGGGCGGGUCUUCAGGAGCGUUGUACAGUCUGUUCCUGACCGCGGCGGCUGGUCAUGUGACUGAGGGCCGGAGCAACGCUGCAGCUUGGGCUAGUGCAAUGCAUGCUGGGACACAGGCCAUGAGGAGAUAUGGGGGUGCUGACCCUGGAGACAGAACGAUGUUGGAUGCUUUGUGUCCUGCUGUGGAUGAGCUGAUGAAGCUAACCACAGAACCGCCUGGUGGUCAGAUGGCCGUACUGCAGGCUGCCGUUCAGAGAGCGGCCUCGGGGGCAGAGUCGACACGUAACCUCACAGCGAGGGCGGGCAGAGCCAGCUACGUCGCAGCUGAGCGGGUCACCCUGCCCGACCCCGGCGCCGUGGCUGUUGCCGCCAUCUUAAGAGCCGUGCUGGAGUCGCUGGAAGGGAAGAAAUAAUCGACUAAAUAGUAUCCGAGCAGAUUAUUACUUUCACCAGACUAAUACUGGCAGAAGAACACUAUUAUGCCAGAGUGUUAACUGUGACUUGUGUGGUACAAGUCGUACAAGUUGAAGCACAUUUUAAACUUUCAUACAGUAAAUGAACACAAACUGGGAAAUUAGGUGCCUGAAAGACAGAAAAUGUAUCUAAAAUCUGACAGUAUGCUCUGUAUUAUUAAUUAUUAGUAGUGAUGGAAACCAUAACCAAGAUUGGUCAAAAUUGGUCAAAAACAAAAAAAGAAACACCAGUAUGGUCCUUUAAAUUUGAUCAACGAGCUCAGAAAUACUGUAAGUUUAGUUCAAGACUUAAAUAAAUUAUUGUUAUCACUGAUUUAAGUGAUUAUAACGGUCGCAGCAGGAGAGUUUUGUAUAAGCGGUUGAAUCAUGAACUGAACAUUCCUUGUUAUUAGGAAUGAAAUACAAUAGAGAUCAAUGAAUACACACAGAGUGUAUUAAAGAUACUAAUAACUAGAUUUUCACAGGACAUACACAGCAUACGAAGAAUUAGACAAUACAUAGAGUAUAUACAGGUCAUACUGUAUAUAGUAGACAUUCCUAAUUAAAAGCAGAUUAUUUUAUUUGACUGGACUCCCUCUAAUAGAGUUUUAUAAUUAAAGGAGUACUCCAACUGUUGCAAGAGACAAAUUAUGGUCAGAAUUGAAGUAGCAGGGGCAAAGAUGUUCUCCAAGACAGCUCUAAAAAAACACGUUAUCCUAUAUUUCUCAUAAUACAGCUUGAUAGCAUGUUUCAUUAGACCCUCCCUGCCUGGUAAGCACCUUCAAACUGUCAAAGGUUUGUCUGGAGUGCUCCUUUAAGACUAAUAAUGUAUCCUUUUUUAUCAUUUGUUUUUAAACCUCAUUUCCCUUUCAUCUUGCACUGUGUAACACACAUCCUGAACUUGUAUUAAAUGCACUAACAGUGUUAAUUCUAACUAAUAAAGUUACUAUUAUACUGUAUAUAAUAUGUGUGUUUUUUAACAGCAUGUAAGUCACUGUAGUCUGCACACAGAGUUCAAAGCUCAGUGACCAAAAGGGG